AGUAAAGAAUGUUGUCCCAGGUGCUGUCUAAACUACUAAAUGACGUGGGGUGGCUUCCAACUGUCUUUGUUGGUUUGUUGACUUUCGUUGUCAUAAGACACUUCAUGAAGAGAAAGAAGUAUCCACCAGGACCUUUCCCGUUACCCAUUGUGGGCAAUUUGUUGGCAUUCAGGGAUGAUACCCCACAGUUUAUCAAAACUGCUGAGUGGCAGAAGAAGUAUGGUCCUGUGUUCACGAUGUGGAUGGGUGGUCGUCCUGUUGUCGUUGUUAACAACUGGGACGCCACACGUGAAGCCCUCACCGUAAGGAGAAACGACGUCAUCGGGAGAAAUAAAACAAUAUUGGGUAAUCUUUUCAAGCAGGAAGAUGAAGACAUCAUGUUUGCUGAUUAUUCUCCAGAAUGGGAAGUUUUACGAAAGAUCGCGCACUCAGCUGUCAGGAAAUAUGCUGUAAGUGAAGAACUUGCUGAGCUUGUGCAAGAUGUUGUAGACGCUAGCGUUCGAAAGAUGCUUAAGGAAAAAGAGCCCUUUGACCCUACCCUUUACAUCUACUUGUUGGUCUAUAACAUCAUAGCUUCCUCAGCGUUUGGGAAAAGAUAUGAAGAAGCUAACCAGGAGUUUAUGAACUUAAAAGAACCAAAUGAAUUAUUAUUGACUGAGUUCAGUAGCGGUAUUCCAGGGGAUCUCAUUCCAUUUCUGAGGAUUUUUACCAUCCAUAAAGAAUGGAAAAUUAAGAAAGCCAUGGAUGAAUACUUAGCUGUUUUAAAACGAGAAUUUAUGGAACAUAAGAAAUCAUAUAAACCAAGUAGGUUACCUCAUUAUGUUUUAAUAAGAAUCCUCUCUGAGGUCCGCGUUACACACCAAUUAAGAAUAACGUUAACAAAGUUUCAACUGAACGAUGAUUUUUGUAUACUUUUAUUCAUUUCACAUUCAGCUGGAACAGAUACUUCUGAGAGGAUGUUGAGUUGGAUGAUCUUGUUACUAGGCAACUAUCCGAAUAUCCAGAAACUAAUGUACGAAGAAAUUGAGAGUGCUUUAGGUAACCGGGCUCCUGUCCAGGAUGAUAAACAUCUGUGUCCUUACACUAGUGCAUUCCUUAUGGAAUCCUUGCGUUUCGGGACUGUUGUUCCUUUUGGUCUUGAUCACAGAACUACGGUGGACACUGAAAUAAAUUCAGCUGGAACAGAUACUUCUCAGUUGAUGUUGCGUUGGAUGAUCCUGUUGCUAGGGAACUAUCCAAAUAUCCAGAAAAAAAUGUACGAGGAAAUUGAGAGUGCUUUAGGUAACCGGGCUCCUGUCCAGGAUGAUAAACAUCUGUGUCCUUACACUAGUGCAUUCCUUAUGGAAUCCUUGCGUUUCGGGACUGUUGCUCCUUUUGGUCUUGAUCACAGAACUACGGUGGACACUGAAAUAGAUGGUUACAAGAUACCCAAAGAUACGAUGGUUCUGUUCAAUUUGUGGGCACAAAAUAGAGACGCCGCCUAUUGGAAAGAUCCAGAUAUUUUCAAUCCAGACCGUUUCUUAACAAAUAACAAACUGAAAAACGAACGUUUCAACAGCUACGUUCCAUUUGGACAAGGACGUAGAAUGUGUUUGGGAGAAAAACUAGCUAUGGCCGAUCUCUUUCUUAUUAUCGUUCGUCUUCUCCAGCAAUGUCAGAUAUCUCUUCCAGAUGGCGCUGAAUCUGCACGCUUAGACCCACAGCCCGUCUCUCUUGCUGCAAUUCCCUUUCCAUAUAAAAUUGUGGUUACCUCAAGAAAUGGACUAGUUAAGUAAAUACAAGAUCUACGAUAUACUUUUCCUUUAAAAAACAGCAAAUUAUCAUUAUGUAGUUAGCCUUCUAGUUUAAAUCCAGUUACUGAAAUACAUAAAGAUAAACCGAUUUCUUGGUUUUAAUUAUAACUGGUUCAACAAUUAAAUGUUGAUUUUGUUUUGAACACUGUACUAGGUGUUUAGGAAGUUUAAUAAUGAUCCAUCAUGAUGUGAUUUGUUUUAAAUUUGUUCUCUGUCGAAAUAUUUGUUUGUCUAGAUGGAUAUAGACUUACACCACGAUCAUUUCUGUGUUAUUGUGUUCAGUGCUGACACUAGAUAUAUAAUAGCUUUAAAUUUUAUUAGAAGAUACUUUAAACUGUGUAAUGCGUUUAACAUUCCUUCGAAAAGUGAUUUGUUUUAAGAUACUCUGUAAAUGUUUUAGGCAGGUUCGAAAAUGAAUAUAAUUUGUUUUAUUUUUAGAUCACUGUUAUGUAAUAUUGUUAAGAUUAAGAUUAUGUAGACAAACAUUCGCUUUCAAUACAAUAAACGAUAUUAAUAUCUGAAAAAUAAACCAUGAA